AUGUGUGAAAUUCAGGAUUAUUCUAUUGAGCAUAAGGAUAUUUAUUUGGAUAAAUAUUCGGCGUGCUUAGACAUGGAUUUGUACAUAACCGAUUCACUCCAGGACAUGCUGGACAUGGACAUCAAAAAUGAAAUAGCAACAGAUUUAAGCAGCAUAACAGACUUUUCCGACUCGUUAGGAUUAAAUUUUUCAGAAAUGCCACCGUUAUUGGAUAUGGAUACAGAUAAUUCGGUAACCUGGCUCAAUAACUCCUCUUCCAGUUUUGUACAUAAUCUCGAUUUAUACGGGUCAGAAGCGAACGCUGUUAUGGUUAAUCCGAACUCGGUUAUGCCUUCAUCCUUUGCCGAAACACCAGUCAAAAGUAUCGUCAAAGAGGAAGCAUCUAACCUUUUAUUAACAUCAGCUGCCAACAAUGAUCUCAAUAACAGUACAUCUCUAUCCAGUCCAAAGGAGGAAAAAAGUCACUUAACGUUUUCCCCGAAUACAAUAAAAGUUUCAAAAGUUCAGGAACCCGAAGAACCACCGCCUAAGAAAUCAGAGGAAACCACGCAAAUGGUUAUAUAUGUCAGAAAGCAAGACAAAACUGUAGUAAAAGACUUGUUAAAAGAUUUAGACACUAGUAAAACUAAGAAUAUAACACCAACGAUAACACCAACAGUUCGAAUAAAAGCGAGUCAACCGGAAAUAUUGAAAGUUAAUAAUAAAAACUGUUCAAUUCUAAAUAGCCAAAAAAUAACACAAUCGCUAGGAACGAAGACCAUUAUAUCGGGUAAUAUACACAUAUUGGAUGCGCAACAAUCUAGGACAAUUUUAGGUAAUGGUAACAAAAAUCAAGCGACCAUCUUGAUAGACAACUCGUCUUUAAAUAAUAGUAGGCAAAUAAUAAAGACCGCGGUGAGUGGGGCCUUCACUGUGGACACGAGUCAAGGGAAGUAUGUGAAUAGCAAAGCGGUGGCGGGGGAAUUCCCGAAACCGGCCUAUUCCUAUUCCUGCCUGAUAGCAAUGGCGCUAAAGAACUCCAGGACAGGAAGCUUACCGGUCUCGGAAAUUUACAAUUUCAUGUGCCAACACUUCCCGUACUUCAAAACAGCGCCAAAUGGAUGGAAAAAUUCUGUACGACACAAUCUUAGUCUAAAUAAAUGUUUUGAAAAAAUAGAAAAACCUUCAACAAAUGGAAGUCAAAGAAAGGGUUGCUUAUGGGCUAUGAAUCCGUCGAAAGUUGGCAAAAUGGACGAAGAAGUUCAAAAAUGGUCCAGAAAAGAUCCACAAGCUAUCAAGAAAGCAAUGAUUUAUCCAGAAAGCCUCGAAGCAUUGGAGCGCGGCGAGAUGAAGUACAGCGGGUUCGGCAGCGACAACGAGGUGGACGACGAGGCGGACGCGGACGCGGACGUCGAGGACGCAGACUUCGAGAUAGACCCCGAGGUCAAGGACGAGGUCGAGGAGGAAACUGUCAUUGAGCAGGAGGUGUCAGAUCAAGAGUUAGAAGUGGAAGAAGUAGAAGGCACAGGAAUGGUGGGAGGCACUUACCGUUUACUAGCAACAGGCACUUCGGCUCUCACCUCAUACAUCACUGAUAUAGAGUCUGGCGACGAUGUGAGCGAUAUUGAGGUAUUGGAUCAGUCGUACGAAGAGAUCGACAUUGACGUCACAAAACCGGUCAAAUUCGACUUAUCUCUUACAGAAAACUAUACGAUCCAUCCAGCGAAAAGGGCGAAAACCAGUUUCAUAUACCAACCAGUGACAUCUCAAACCCACACGAGCAGGCGGAAAACUCCACUUGUCAAUAGAGUCGCCUUAGUC